CCUGACACGAACGGGCAGCGUUGUAACUUUGACCCAGUAAACUAUCGCUUUAUCUUACACGCCUGGAUACACACAAGAUCACCAGGACAUUGCUUCAGCUGGUGUGCUGGUUGAAGGCCCAAUGAAUACAGAAAUGUUGGAUCUCGUCGGCCACUCAGAACUAACACAGACAGCACACCAUUGUUAAAAGAAAAUCGUUAGCAAUAUGUCGAAGACUCGGCUGAUCGAAGUGUUGACAUGCACACUAUGCGGUGUGUUGUAGGGCUCCAGGAGUCAACUGUGACCAUAAGGACAUCGUCCAGCACAGACGAUGGAUGACUCGGUGAGGAAUAUCAUCAUUGGAGCAACAUGCGGGGGCGUGCUUCUACUCAUCCUCGUUGGCAUUGUGGUAAGUGAAUUUUGAUCGUAUUUAUUGUAUAAGCUGUUUUGUUGUCAAAACAGCGGUGAAGUUAAACAGCUAAGCGAAAUCAUCUAUUCAAAUCAAGACAAAAUCUUUGAUUUUCUUCCGUUGGAUGGGAGGAAAAAUGAUUCUUUGGCGAAUAUCGUUAUGUAAAUAUUGAUAUGGGUGCUGAGUGGCCGAUUGAUCUAAUCUGAGCAUAUCUCAACCAGUUUAUGGUUGCUCAGCUUGCACUUUAAAAUCCAUUUUUUUUUUUCAAAAUUUAUUUGUGACAAAAAUUCAAUAAUAUUUAUACAAACUUAUAAAAAUUUUCCAUUAACAACAAGAAUCUGAAUUUAAAGUCUGUAUAUCGGCAUUAUGUCUGCUUCUCGCUGAUGUUGAAUUAUGUUACCACUGCCGUUCCGGGUUAAAAGCGAUACAAUUAAUUCCGUUAAUCAUCUGGCGGGCCGGAUAAACGGAAGUCGCUCUCCUCCGGCCCCAACACUAAAACAGCCACCAUUUCUUUUUUUUUUUUCUAAUACAAUAUUAAAAACAAAAAAAAUAGUAUGAACUUGCAAUAAUGAAUUAUGGGGCCUGGUAGUUUUAGUUGAUGUUCAGGCUGGUGUGAGCAAAAUGAAAAAAAGUAAAUUUAAAAAAAUAAUAAUAAUAAUUGAAAGCCUUAUUCACUAAAGCUAUGGCCGUUUAUGAAAUUUAAAAAAAAUAGUCUCAAAAGCGGCCAAUUUUUUUAUCACUAAGAUAUGGGCUCUAAAAAAAUAAAUCAUUCGUUUAAAUUGUCCAGUUAACUUUUCAAGUUUCGCGAUAAAAGUUCAGAUUUAAUUUUCCGAUGAUUUGCCUUAUUCCUUAAUAGUUUAAGUCAACAAGUGAGUAAUUAAGUUUUUAUAAACGAAAAAACUUUGUGUUUUUUUACUAUUAUUAGGAAAAUACAUUUCGAAACCUCUAACAAUCAUUUAGAAAUGUCUAAAGACGUAUUUUUUUAGAAACUUAAAUUUUGAUUUUAGUACAUUUGAGGGAUAUCACAGAGACUUGGGAAACUUUAAGAAAAUUUUAAAGACUUAUUAUAUAAUUUUGAAACCCUUAUAAAAUACUGAACGUAGAAGUUAGACCAUGUAGAAACUUCAACGUUAUAUUAAUAUGGAAUAUAAAGGGUCAGUCUUCCACAUUUGGCCUUACAUCCAUGAAUGCACGGUGUGCGUAUUUCUUACGUUUGUCAGAUUGUUUAAAGGUGCAUGUUAAUUCUAUUUUUCAGAUCUGGUGCUACUGGAAGAAACGAUUAAAGGUAAACAAAAUGGGGGUCGGGGAUAUAUUUUGAUAUCUUUACUAAAAUUUCUUUAUUGAAAUGUUUUCUUACCAACUCACGUGCUACUGACAUCAAAAUUUUCCAGUCGUCAAUGCAUAUAAAUAAUGUACAUGUUAUGAAUCAGGCAGUACAUAUAGUUAACAUACAUAAUCGUCCCCAAAAAUAAUUCUAAAAACUCCUUCACAAAUGAAUUGAAUAUUUAAAGUGCCAAUCCGUCUUAACCAAUAGAUUCAUUUCUAUAAAAAGUCUUCCAAUCAAGAAAACGAAUUUAGAAAAUAUAUUAUAAAAGUCCAGGGAUAUUUACCAGCACAACAUUAUUUGACUUUCCAAACACACGUCAUCACAAUUUCACUUUUUAAAUCUUAAAACAUUUUUUUUAAAACACAUUGUUUACUUUUAAUUUUAAAAACUUUUUUUUUUUUUUUUUUUUUUUUUUUUUUUUUUUUUUUUUUUUUUUUUUUUUUUUUUUUUUUUGUAAUUUCAUUUAACCUAUAAAAUUUUUAUAAAAAUUCAGAGAUAAUAAUAAAUUAGAAUUUCAUAUGUUUAAAAACAUAUUUUCGUCAUUAAUUUUUCAGAAAUGUUGCUGUUGUCCAGGGAAGGUUAACGACGUCGAAGACCAGAACGGCGCUGCGAACCAUGGUCUCCCUUCAGCCACGCCUCUCACGGGUCAGGAUAAUAAAAGCUUCCAGACUUCGUCAACACAGCUCGCGGUAACCAACAGUUUGGAGAUUACGUCUGAAAUCUCAGGUACACAACAUCAUCAGCAAGUUCACGGAGGAGAGCAGUUGAAGAGAUUACAAGAAUGGAAAACAUUACAGCAACUGAAGGACACGCAGAGACAGGAGCAACAGAGGCAAGAACUGCUCAGUCUGGAAAAUCUGCGACAGGAGCAACAGCGUCAGGAACGUAUUCACCAGGAGCGCGAACGCCAGGAGCAACAGCGUCAGGAAUCGCUCCGUCAGGAACGUCUUCGUCAGGAGCAACAGCGCCUGGAGCAACAGCGCCAAGAAACGCUGCGUCGGGAAAAUCUUCGCCUGGAGCAAGAACGCCAAAACCAGUUACUUCAGGCGCAGUAUAUCAGAAAUGACAACGUGAAUGAGCAGCAGAGGGCCAGGGGACGUUCGAGGCAGAGGAAUAGAAAUAAAAACAGAAACAGGUCGGACUCACGUGAUCAGUCGGACCAUCGAGAAGGGUGAGUAUCGUGUAAAUAAUGUGUGCAUUGUAUAAAUAGUGUGUGCAUUUUGUAAACAGUAUAUACAUUCUGUAAAUAGUGUGUGACUUUUGUAAACAGUGUGUGCAUCGUGUUUCUCACGAGCUGCACAUGCACAAGAGAAUAUACAACACAGCAUGAUUCACAUUAACUUAUAUGCCUUAAUAAUGACAUAUCAGCUCCUUAAUAUUUAGGUUUUCAUUUAAAGAUUUGGAAUGACCCACAAAUUAUCAUUUACUUUCCAGAAAUGUUUAGGAACUAUACCAUAGAUCAUAUGUAUGAAACGUUUUACAUACGCAGGGCUGGGAAUGCAAUGAGUAGUGUUUUUAGCUCAUUCAUUGAUUUUGAAAUGGCUGCUCCAUUUGUUGCCAAAUCAGGAGUUCGGGUAUUUAAUUGUGUAUAACAAUUACUUUAUAAUACCGACAAAUCGCCGGUUUUUUAUUUGAAGGAAUAGGUUUGUGGAGACACGUGGCUUCCUGAGAGAUAAACUGUAACUAAAGAUUUCAACUGAAUCGGAAGGGAGAAUGCCAACAGUUGUAUUUAUUUCAUGGGUUAAAAAAUUAAAACACAUUUUUGUCGGUGGACAAAGAUGGUGGUGAACUAAAUGUUGGGCGAAGAUGGUAGGGAACGAAAUAGUGGGCGAAGAUGGUAGGGAACGAAAUAGUGGGCGAAGAUGGUAGGGAACGAAAUAGUGGGCGAAGAUGGUAGUGAACGAAAUAGUGGGCGAAGAUGGUAGGGAACGAAAUAGUUGGCGAAGAUGGUAGGGAACGAAAUAGUGGGCGAAGAUGGUAGUGAACGAAAUAGUGGGCGAAGAUGGUAGGGAACGAAAUAGUGGGCGAAGAUGGUAGUGAACUAAAUAGUGGGCGAAGAUGGUAGUGAACUAAAUAGUGGGCGAAGAUGGUAGUGAACUAAAUAGUGGGCGAAGAUGGUAGUGAACUAAAUAGUGGGCGAAGAUGGUAGGGAACGAAAUAGUGGGCGAAGAUGGUAGUGAACGAAAUAGUGGGCGAAGAUGGUAGGGAACGAAAUAGUGGGCGAAGAUGGUAGUGAACUAAAUAUUGGGCGAAGAUGGUAGUGAACUAAAUAUUGGGCGAAGAUGGUAGUGAACUAAAUAGUGGGCGAAGAUGGUAGUGAACUAAAUAGUGGGCGAAGAUGGUAGGGAACGAAAUAGUGGGCGAAGAUGGUAGUGAACGAAAUAGUGGGCGAAGAUGGUAGGGAACGAAAUAGUGGGCGAAGAUGGUAGUGAACGAAAUAGUGGGCGAAGAUGGUAGGGAACGAAAUAGUGGGCGAAGAUGGUAGUGAACUAAAUAUUGGGCGAAGAUGGUAGUGAACGAAAUAGUGGGCGAAGAUGGUAGUGAACGAAAUAGUUGGCGAAGAUGGUAGGGAACGAAAUAGUGGGCAAAGAUGGUAGUGAACUAAAUAUUGGGCGAAGAUGGUAGUGAACGAAAUAGUGGGCGAAGAUGGUAGUGAACUAAAUAUUGGGCGAAGAUAGUAGUGAACGAAAUAGUGGUCAAAGUUAACUAGGCGGUUUAAUAAAAUAAUGUAUUUCGAUCACUGGGAAUAUCACUCAUUUUUUUUUUUAAAUUUCCUCAUCUGCUUUAAAUAACAGACACAGAUUUUAUAUAGUUAAGCUAUCGACUUAUUGAGUGCAAAAAGUGUAUGUACAUAUAAAGAUUCAAGAUUUGGGAAAUAAAAAUAAACUUCUUAUCGAAAGUUUUUAAAUAAAAAAUCAAUAUAUCAUUUACAAGGGUUCAUUGCUGUUAUUUUUUUUUUUUAAAGAAGGAUUUCCAUCAAGCUAUAUUCCCUUAAGGGUCAUUAUCGUUAGAGCUCAACUUUCAUUUAAUAUGCUUGAAGUGACUUUAAAUGAAAUUCCCACUUGGUUUUAAUUUAAUUUCAGUUUUGAACAUAUUGUUGUUGGACUGGAAAUUCAGCACAAAACUUCUUAUGGGGACAUUUAAAUGUCAAAAUCAAUCAAAACCUGUUGGUUUCUUAAACUGCCCUUUGUGAAAUAGGAAUCCAAGCAGAAGCGGAUCUGGUUUUCAAAUUUUCCAGUCCCCAAUAUUCAAUUGAUACUCGCUCAUUGACCAGUUAUUGUUAACCAAUUGAAUGUAAAGAUAAAAAAAAUUAUUGCUGAUUUAAAUGAAAAUUGUCGUUUUAUCAAAUAUUUAGAGAUCCUAAUAAGACGUUAGAUCUCCAUGGGAUGCAUGUUGGUGAAGCCAUGAAAAAUGUUAUGAACUUUGUGUACAUGAUGGAGGAAGGUGGGUAUGUUAGUCUACAUAAUAAUUAUGGAACUUUCAAUAUUACGAAACAAUUUAGCUCCAGCUCUAGACUAAGUAUAUUAAGAUUAAACCAUUUUAUUAUUAUGAAGUUAAAUGAUUUUUUUAAAAUAUAUAUUUUAUGCUAUAGAUUGCAUUUGUUAGCAUUUUAACAUGAACUGAUGACAUUUGUAAGAUUUCGCUACGGUAAAACUAGAUAAAAUUAUAAGGCCUGGUUGAUUUGAAGACAAUGAUUACUUUUCAGUCUACAACAGGAAUAAUUAUAGCCGAGCGGACAGAUUCAUCUACGUCAUAACUGGGCGUGGCCUCCACAGCAGAGGCGGUGUCCCAAAAAUCAAGCCAGCGGUGCAAGGCUAUCUCGACAAGCAUGACUACAUGUCAGUACACUUGAAUUAACUACAAAGGCUAAACUGUUUGUCAAUCGUUUGUUGUAUAACAUAACGAAUUUUUUUAACGGGCUUUAACAUUCAUUUACAUUUGAACUAGUGGGUUUUUAAUUUCUUUUAAACGUGUUGAUUUGCACGUGGGAUUUGUCGAGCGGUGUGGGGGGGGGGGAGGUCGAUAUGAGGGGGGGGGGUUUGUUGAACAGGGGGGGUGGUAAAUAUGAGGGGAGGGGGUUUGUUGAACAGGGGGGGUGGUAAAUAUGAGGGGAGGGGGUUUGUGGAUGGUUUGGGGGUUUGUUGAGAUGUGGGGGAGGGGAUUUGUCGAAUUGAGGAGGGGAGUUUGACGAGCUUGGGGGGGGGGCUAUGUUGGCAAAGGGGCGAGUGUCCCCUUUCGCCCCUUCACACGGCCCAGAUUUUUAGCUUUUCAGCAGAAACAUAUAUUUGUUCCAUGACAUGUGUUGUGAUUGAUAAUGAGUUUCAUCGUCUAUCCAGGUACGAAUGGAAUAAUAUGGGAGGAAUGGUCACAAUUGAUCUAUUGUCAAAACGGCGAAACCCAUUCUAGCAACACUGUGGCUCAGUUAUCGACAUAGAAGAAGCAGUGCCACUGUGGAUCAUCUUUCGACUCAACAGAAACAGUAUCACCGUGGCUCAACUUUCGACUCAACAGAAACUGUGCCGCCGUGGAUCAACUUUUGACUCAACAAGAACAGUGCCGCCGUGGAUCAACUUCGACUCAACAGAAACUGUGCCACCGUGGAUGAACUUUCGACUCAACAAGAACAGUGCCGCCGUUGAUCAACUUCGACUCAACAGAAACUGUGCCGCCGUGGAUCAACUUUUGACUCCACAAGAACAGUGCCGCCGUGGAUCAACUUUCGACUCAACAGAAACAGUUCCACUGUGGAUCAACUUCGACUCAACAGAAACAUUGCCACUGUGGAUCAACUUUCGACUCAACAGAAACAGUGACACCGUGGAUCAACUUUCGACUCCACAAAAACUGUGCCACCUUAUAUCAAUUUCCGACUCAACAGAAACAGUUCCACUGUGGAUCAACUUUCGACUCAACAAAAACAGUUCCACCUUAGAUCAACUUUAGACUCAACAGAAACAGUUCCACUGUGGAUCAACUUUCGAUUAAACAGAAACAGUUGCACUGUGGAUCAACUUUAGACUCAACAGAAACAGUUCCCCUGUGGAUCAACUUUCGACUCAACAGAAACAGUGCCACCGUUGAUCAACUUCCGACUCAGAAAAAACAGUCACACUGUAUAGCAACUUUCGGCUCUACAGACACAUCUCAUUGUUGAUAAACUUUCGACUCAACAAAAACAGUGCUAACUCCUAGAGCAGUUAAAACCUAGAGAUCAUAUUUUAUAUUUUUACAGAAGGCUGUGCUAUUCACUGUUACCAUUCAAAUAAUAUAUUAUCAAACAUUUCAAAUUUUUUUUUAAAAUGUUGUCACUAAUCAGGAAGCUGCUUUGUGUAUUUAAUAUUUCCC